AUGACUAGCCAGCCUUCACAGGCAAAUAUUGAAACUCGGGGCCCACGCGCCGGCAACUCAUUCAAGCGCACCUACAAGGCAUGUGAGGCUUGUCGGAAAACCAAGGCUAAAUGUGAACGUGACGAAUACUCACAAUCGUGUUUCAAGUGCCGGCGAGAGCAAAGAGAAUGUAUCUUCCCGGCGCAAAGGUCGACGAAGCGUGCGAAACGAGCACACCCGAAUCGUCCAGCUGAGAGCUGGCAGACAUCCCCAGCAGGACAAGCUGCCCAACAUCAGUCAGUUCUUCCAGACGUAGAGAACUCGAGUCCCCAUCAAAGCAUUUCCAUCCAACAUCCACGUCAUCGAGACGAGCCAAGGCGUCAAUCCUACUCUCAGUCUCCGUCGAUAUCAUUUUCCGGGAGAGCCGACUCUGUUGCAAGACUCGAAGACACUACUCGCAGAAGUCAACCUCACACCAACCCUCAAAACGGCGUGCCAAUCACACCGCAACAGAACGCAGCUCUACAGAAUCAAAAUCCAGGAGAACGCCCGCCGCCAGCAAAUAUUGAAUGUACCGAAUCUUCCUCCUUGACCGACAAUCUCCAGGACCAGGUGGUACAAACCGUUGUCGCCAGCUCUAGCGAUGCCGUAGGCCUCCUUUUCCGUGCGGCGAACUGCACCGACUCGGAGGGUUCGGUCGAUGCGGAAAAUCAGGACCCGCAUGAAACGAGCCCCGGGCAGUCAACGAGUACUGGCAUUCUGUGCCCUGGUCUGAAUACCCGUGAGCCAGCCUCUCCAGAAGUUCUGGAACUUUGGAACCAGCAUCGGUUUGUCAGGCAAGGCUGGUUCACAGCACGCGAGGCCGUCGCCUACGUCCAAGCUUUCUUUACCAGGCUCUCUUCAUUAUCUCCCGUCGUGGACAGCUUUUAUGCCGACCAUGCGAAUCAUAGGCGACUAAUUCUGGAAGAACCGCUGCUGUGCUGCACGUUGCUGAUGAUUUCGUCUCGUUAUCAUCACCCUCCAGGACCUGGUGGUGCCGUUCGAGCCGACUUCAUUCAUGCCCGACUUUGGAGACACAUUGAAUAUCUCGUGCAGCGAAUCACUUUUGGGUCCGAGAAAUACAGCAUCGCCAAGAGCCGGACAUUGGGCAGCAUACAAGCUCUCCUGCUCAUAACCGACUGGCAUCCCCGUUCACUGCACUUUCCUCCAGAAAAUGAUGGAUGGGAUGCUAGUCUCGCGCCGGCCGUCGACGAUACUUUCACGCCACAGGAUCGCGACACCGAAGCCGGCAAACGCUGGCGGGAAGAUGUCUUUGAACCCGCCAAAAGGUCCGACCGUCUGAGCUGGAUGCUGGUUGGAUUGGCCACUACACUGGCGCAUGAGCUCGGUGUUUUCAGGCCCGCUGACGAAGUUCACAACACUGAGUCGAUCGCUGCUCGCAGUUCCAAAUCGCGGAUUCGCAGACUGCUGUACCUCUAUGCGACACAGCUCUCGCUCCGGCUUGGCUGUACGAGCGUCUUUCCCCAAGAAGCCCUCCAGGACAUCGCGCAAACGUCUUUAUCUAGUGAUCUACCAACGCGGCCACCCCAUCGUGACAGGGAGCUGAUGUUGUCCAAAUGGAUCGAUAUUACCAAGUUGUUAACGACGGUGACCGACAUGUUUUUUGCCAGCCGGUCGGUCACGAAGCAGAUACUUCGCAGCACGCGUUACAUCAGUUUGCUCGACCACUUCCAACCGCUUCUCGACUCGUGGUAUAGAGGCUUUACGCAAAUGUCGUGUCCCACGAUUCAAGACGCGGCUCGAAAAAUCCUCCUUGUGGACUAUUACUAUGCGCGCAUGUAUAUCCACUCCAUUGCGAUCCAAGCGUUAGUCGAUCGUAUCAGCAAUCUUUCUGGCGGCGACGAAGUAUGGCAGGACCACGAAAUUUUGCGAUCAAAACAUGCUCAAGACUUUGCCUCCGUUAACGAGGUUCGUGAGUCGAGCGGCAAAAUCCUCAUGACCGCCGUGGAGCUUCGUGAUCAAGGCGUCUUACGGUACUGUCCUGUACGGCUGUACCUGAGGAUUGUGAGCGCAUCGGUCUUCCUGCUCAAGUCGAUCAGCCUCGGAUCCCGUGAGGCGGACAUCAUCGCGUCCUUGAGGACACUGGACCGGUGCAUUGACGCUUUGCAAACGAAUUGUGCGGAUGACAUACACCUGUCCAGCCGCUAUGCCACGCUGAUGGCUCGGCAUGUUCAGCGCUUCAGACGGAAUUUCCGAGUUAAGAAGAAGGCCUUUGUGCAUCCGCUGAUGUCGCCUUCUCGGAGUCGAGCGUCCUCGCCGUUUCGGCCCAAUGGAGCCAAAGGAAACCAGGAUCGGGACGGUCUGCAUGAACAUCAAGAUCGGCAACCGCCCGCUUCAGUUUAUGCACUUGAUGAAACCCAGCACAAUGGUAAUGGACUCUUUCCGGGAGCGGGAAUCGAUCUCUCGAACCAAUUCAAUUUUGUCCGAGAUGAAAGCACGGAAGAUUGGCUGGCGCAGCCGUUCAACCCUCAGAUCGCACCAUUUGGCCUGGAUUACAUGCAACCAGGCGCGGGCCUCGCUGUAGAUUCCCUUGACUUUCUAUGGAAUAUUUCAAGUUAG